UAUGUCUUUACAUUGCGUAUUCUUUUCCGCGAGAAGGGCGAAGGAUGUGUGGUCUGUAAUAAUGCAGUUCUUCUAACUCUCUCCUAUACAGCGUGAUAAUAGGCUAAGAUAAUAGAGGGGGGAGAAAUAACUCGAUCAAAGAUCGUGUGCCGCAAUUGCCGUGGCACGUAUACCCGCUAUUACGUAUCUCUAUAUCUAUUAUUGUAGGGUACGAUACCGCGAAUCUCGUUAAUACAGCAUAACCGUAGAAUUGACGGUUGGUGAACGACGGCGACGAUGAGGACGGAUAAAUAUCUGUCGAUACGAUUGGCGAGAAUUUUAAUGAAGCUUAUCGGUUACUGGCCCGCCGAGUCAAAAAGGGAAAAAAAAUUAUUAAACGGUCUUUUAGUCUAUACGUUAUUCACGAUCGCUCUAGCCUUAUGGAUAGAAGCAACCGAAUUGUACUUGGGUACAGGCGAUUUUUAUGCCAUCACGUACACUCUGUGCACUGCUACGCCCGUGAUCAUAAUUUUGUUGAAACUAACCUUCUUUCUACGUCAUCGGGAAGAAAUGCUGGGAAUGCUGAAAUACACAGAAGACAAUUUUUGGUACGUUCAGUACGAUGCGUAUGGCAACAGGAUUUUGGAAAAGAUCGAUCGAAAGGGGAUAAUAUUAUUGUUCACGUUUACAUUCUUCGUUCAAGGAGCCGUUUUUACAUAUUUGCUGGCGCCUAUAAUCGAAAAUAGGGGGAUGAACGAAACCGAGAGAAUACUCAUUUUUAAUAUCUGGGUCGGAAUUCCGACAAACGUCUCGCCUAACUUUGAAAUACUUUUUUUUUUAGAGACCAUAGCGCUAAUUCACUCGGGCCUGUGCUUCUGCUGCUUCGAUAAUCUCUUAGGUUUGUUAAACAUGCACACCGCUGGUCAGUUCAAGAUGCUUCAGCAUCGCCUAGAAACCAUUUUCCAGAAAGUCGAACGGAGAGAUACCGUAGAAUUUUUCGAUGAAAAAAGGGAGCAUCAAGUGUUCGAAGAAAUUAUAGAAUGCGUCACGAUACAUCGCAAGUUAAUCUGGUACAGUAAAAGAAUGGAAUAUUUCUUUAUGUAUACGACCCUCGCUCAACUCCUAGUAUCCUCCGUCUUGCUUUGUGUCUCGGGUUUGCAAAUAUUUUUGGUAAGUAUUGAUUCCCCCCUCUCGUCCCCUGUCCAUCCAGAAUCCUUCCAUCCGGACGAACCUGGAAGCUCUUUUGAACAACCACCCGACAGCGAAAUUGAGGGUGGACCCCGAGAACGGGAUUUUGCCGAUUUCUCCGAUAACCAGAGCAAUUCGGAGAGAGAACCCCGCGACUCCAGAAACGGACCAUCUCACCUUGGAGAGGGGUCUAGAGCUUACGAGCAAGGGCUGACCGAAGAGCAAUUUCGCCUUUGGAUCCUGGACCGAUUUCCUUCCCUGACUCAACCGCUACCUGAAGGAGUAUUUUGCAUAGGGCCGGACCAGAAUAAUAGGUUUCCACUUACGCCGAGAUAUAGCUCGAUCAUUCGGAUAUACUUAGGGCCGCGGCGGCGUAAGAAAAUCAUGAGUUUCGGCAUGAUACGAAGUAAGGAGUACCGAACAGUGAGUAUUACACGGGUCUUCAUGAAAAUGGUAGGCCUCUGGUACGUCGAGACACAACGGGAACAGCUGUUCCUGCGCGUCGCGUUUGGCUAUGCCGUUUGGGCGAUUAUCUUCGCCAUUCUCGUCGAGGGCGUCGAUCUGUACCAUUGCAUAGGCGACUUUUACGCUGUCACGACCAACUUGUGCACAACGUUGCUGUUAAUAAUGAUAUUAGUGAAGUUGGGUAGCUUUAUGUUCUAUCGCAAUAUGAUAAUGGAUUUGAUUCAUUUUGCCGAGAAGAAUUUUUGGAAUGUAACUUACAAUGAGGUUGAUACCCAAAUUCUGGAAGGAUACGACAAAUUAGGGAUGACUAUGGUCUACACUUUUACAUUGAUCGUUUACGUGGCGACAUUCAAUUAUGUCUUUGCACCUUUUUUCGAGCAUCAAGGGAUAAACGAAACGAAGAUUCUACCGUUCAAACUGUGGUUCGAUUUUCCAUAUCACUCGCCAUACUACGAAAUUACUUAUACUAUACAGUCACUUUCGACGAUACAUUCGGGUAUAUGUACUUGCUGCUUUGACAAUUUCGUGAGCACAUUUAAUAUCCAUACGGCCGCGCAAUUGAAAAUUUUGGCCCAUAAAGUGGAAGCGGUUACCGAGGAUUGCAUCAAUAACGUGAUCGGCCAGAAACAUCUGUCUGAAACGGAUAUUGCGACGUUAACAUUUAGAAAUUUGCAAGAUUGUGUACAGCAACAUCUUAUGCUCAUACAUUACGUACACAAUAUGCGACGUGUGUUUUCCGUUAUAUUGCUCGGACAAUUGUUGCUUUCCAGUAUAGUCAUCUGCUUCGGUGGAUUCCAAUUUCUCGUGGCGGAUGUAGCUAUCAGAAAGUGCAUUUUUGCCUUCCACUUUGUGGGCGGUCUUAUCCAGUUACUUAUUUAUACAUGGACGUGUAAUGAUAUAAUCGUGCAAAGCACAGCCAUCUCCGAUGCCGCUUAUAACUCCAAGUGGUAUCUUUUACCCAACAAUGGUCCAGGAAAGGCAGUGAGGAAAGGUUUAAUUAUGAUCAUGAUUAGAGCACGUCGACCAUGUGUAUUAACUGCUGGGAGUUUUGCGUCUGUAUCUUUGGACACUUUUACCGGGAUUCUAAGCACUGCAAUGUCGUAUUUUACAUUAUUACGACAAAUGAGCGGACAAAAUAUAUAG